AUGCCCUCAGUCCCGGGCCAGCACGCGGGCAUCCUACGCGAGGAAAACAUUGCCCUCCGCCAAAUCCUAGGAUACCGCCUCGAAUCCCUCCUCCCUGCUCCGCCAUACAACCUGCCCCCAAUCAGCCACUCCCUCCCCGGAACCCACAUCAAAGACGUCCUCCUCGUGGCCGUAGACGUCGACACUGGCGGGGGCUACGAAGUCAUUUCCCCAGGUCAAAGCUUCCACAUUGGCGUCUCCAUCUUGGACACGCGCCACCUCAUCACCACGCAGCUACGCCAUCCCGCCGCCGCCAUCUCCUCGCACCAAUUCAUCAACACAGACUCGCGGCCAUGCAGGUGGGCCGCCCGGUCGUUCCUCUUCGGGGACACGGAGCGCAUCGCGCUGCCCGACUUCACCACCAGAUUCGCCCGCCUCACCGCGGGCAGGGCCUACGUGCUCGUCGCCCACGGCACGCGCGAGGAGAUCAAGUUCCUGAAUAACCUGGACCCCGAAAUCGCUGCCCGCGCCGCCUACAUCAUGGACACGGUCAAGGCUGCCCAGCACCCGCUCCAGCUGUACUACCGCUACAGCAUAGAGAAGCUGCUGGACGAAUUCGCCAUUCCCUACGCGAACCUCCAUGCCGCCGGCAACGACGCACACUUUGCCCUCAAGGCCCUGCUCAUGAUUGCCGUGCGCGACGGCCGUAUGGCGCCCGAGACUGCUGCCGCCAGCCAAGAGCUGUUCCGCACCCUCGACGCCAUUGCCCACGCCCCUGUUGCGCUGCCCGUGUGGAUUGACAGGCCGCCGCUGGAUGCGAACCCCAACAAGACGAAGCUGGGUGUCAAGGCCAAGCGCCGCCUGAAGAAGGCGAGAAGGGAGGCGAGGCGCAUCUUCCCGGAACUGCCUUACUGCGGGGAUUCAGACGGACAAGAUGCCGAAGUCCGUGAGGAACAGCAUGCCUCCCUUCCAUCAUGA